UAAAGUUGUAUGAAUUGGAUAGUCCGAAAUAGAAAGGUGGACAUCUUACAGAGCUCACUUUCUUCAUCUUCAUCUUCUUCCCCUCGUCGGCGGCGAAGGAAAGUCUCGGGUCGGGUACACACAAUCAAAUGCCCAACUCUUGCUCAAGCUCUUCACUCCAUUUCUACGAUUAUUUGAUCUGACUUGCAGCACUAUAAGGGUAAUUAAUAUGGUCAAUGUGGCUCUGCAUUAAACGCAAGUAUUAUUGUCUGACCCCAAAUCCUCUGAAAGUACUUUCAAGAUUGAGCUGUUAAUAUGGAUGUAUCUUUAUCAUCACCAACACAGUGAGAUGGAAGAUAUUUCAGACCCAAACCAUCUUUAUCAUCACCAACGCAGUAACAUGGAAGAAAUCUCAGACCAAAAUCCAAAUGCAUUAGAGCAAGUACUUGAUACUGUCCCAAAUGGUAACUGUACUGCACCAGUGCAACUGGAAAAUGUGGCAGCUGAUGAUGUAAGAAAAACAUCAGGUGAAGCAAAGUUUGAGGGGUAUGUUUCUGUCAGUGCAAAGAUAGUACAAUCUGAAGAAGAUUCAACUAAAUUUCUGUCCCAUAAAGAUUUUCCAGAAGAUAUGAAAUUGUGUGAUCCUGGUCCAAUGAAACUACAAGCUGGAAGUUCAACUGAAAUAUCAUCGAUUCCUAAACAAGUGGCAGUGUCCCAUACCCAUGAAUUUAUUUCUGAAAUGGUCAAUAAUGAAGUAAGGCAAGAAAACCAUGUAACUGCCACGGAACAUACUUACGAUAGACCUGUGAAAGACCAAAGGUCUGAGUUUGACCACCUAAAUAUGGUACGAAAAGAAAUCAUAACAGAAAAAGUGACCCAAAAUCCUUUCUUGCAGUCCUUGACUUCACCAAUGGACUUUCAAUCAAGAAAUUAUAAUGGCGAUCAAUCAGGACUGGCGCCAGAUAAUGCAGCAAAAGACUGCAAGCAUAUCCAAUUGGGACACCAAAAUGAUGCUGCUGCAAAGAUUUCUGGUCUCGAGGAAUUUGUAAUAGAUCAGAAAACAGUUGCCAAGAGUCCUAGCCAGUUGGUAGAGACAGGGAAAAGAGGUCGUGGUCGGCCCAAGAAAGUACAAAUUGGUCCUGAGCAAUUGUUACCUGGACAAAAAACUGCUAUUAAGAGCUCUAGCCCGUCGGGAGACACAGGGAAAAGAUCUCGUGGUCGUCCCAGAAAAGUACAAAAUUCUCCAACUUCUUUACCGGAGAAUGUGAAUAUGGAACAAAAAGAAACCAUACCAGAAGAAAUGACACAAAUUUCUUUUCUAGAGUCUACGACAUCCCUGAUUGACAAUCAAUCAAGAAAUCAUAGCAGUGAUCAAUUAGGACUGCCAACAGAAAAUGCAGCAAAAGAUUGCAAGCAAAUCCAUUUGGGACAACAAAACGAUGAUGCUACAAAGAUUUCUGGUCUUGAGGAAUUGGUAAUAGAUCAAAAAACAGUUGCCAAUAGUCCUAGCCAAGUGGUAGAGACAGGGAAAAGAGGUCGUGGUCGGCCCAAGAAAGUACAAAUUGGUCCUGAGCAAUUGUUAUCUGGACAGAAAACUGCUAUUAAGAGCUCUAGCCCGUUGGGAGACACAGGGAAAAGAUCUCGUGGUCGUCCCAGAAAAGUACAAAAUUCUCCAACUUCUUUACUGGAGAAUGUGAAUAUGGAACAAAAAGAAACCAUACCAGAAGAAAUGACACAAAUUUCUUUUCUAGAGUCUACGACAUCCCUGAUCGACAGUCAAUCAAGAAAUCAUAGCAGUGAUCAAUCAGGACUGCCAACAGAAAAUGCAGCAAAAGAUUGCAAGCAAAUCCAUUUGGGACAACAAAACGAUGAUGCUACAAAGAUUUCUGGUCUUGCGGAAUUGGUAAUAGAUCAGAAAACAGUUGCCAAUAGUCCUAGCCAAGUGGUAGAGACAGGGAAAAGAGGUCGUGGUCGGCCCAAGAAAGUACUAAUUGGUCCUGAGCAAUUGUUACCUGGACAGAAAACUGCUAUUAAGAGCUCUAGCCCAUUGGGAGACACAGGGAAGAGAUCUCGUGGUCGUCCCAGAAAAGUACAAAACUCUCCAACUUCUUUAGGUGGUAGUGUUAAAGUGUUACCAGAGAAAAGAAAAGAUGCCCAGGAGUUGUCUGUAAACAGCAGCAGAUCAUUGCGCUCAAGGUCACAAGAGAAAUCUUGCGAACCGGACUUGAGUAAUAUUGUGGCAGAAGGUGCUGACAGAGAAAAGACAAGAAAGAAAAGGAAGAAGCGAAUGGACGAGAGCAGAGUUGAUGAGUUUUCUAGAAUAAGGACACACCUCAGAUACUUACUUCACAGAAUAAAAUAUGAGAAGAACUUCAUUGAUGCUUACUCUGGGGAGGGAUGGAAGGGACAAAGCCUAGACAAGAUAAAACCAGAGAAGGAGCUUAAACGAGCAAAAGCUGAAAUUUUUGGACGCAAGUUGAAAAUUAGAGAUCUAUUUCAGCGCUUGGAUUUAUCACGCUCUGAGGGGAGGCUUCCAGAAAUUUUAUUUGAUUCUCAAGGAGAAAUUGACAGUGAGGAUAUAUUCUGUGCAAAAUGUGGAUCCAAAGAUGUGACACUCAGUAAUGACAUCAUCCUUUGUGAUGGGGCAUGUGAGAGAGGAUUUCACCAAUUUUGUUUGGACCCACCACUGCUGAAAGAAUCCAUUCCUUGUGAUGACGAGGGUUGGCUUUGUCCUGGAUGUGAGUGCAAAAUUGACUGCAUCAAGUUACUAAAUGAUUCUCAAGAAACAAAUAUUUUAGUCGGUGACAGCUGGGAGAAAGUUUUUGCUGAGGAGGCAGCAGCAGCUGCUUCUGGGAAAAAUCUGAAUGAUGAUUCUGGAAUGCCGUCAGAUGAUUCGGAGGAUGAUGAUUACGACCCUGGCGAUCCUGAUUUGGAUGAGAAGGUGCAUGGAGAUGAAUCGAGUUCAGAUGAGUCUGAUUAUCAUCUGUCAUCAGACGACAUGCAGGCUUUACCUCAAAAAGAACCAUGCUUGGGGCUUCCUCCGGAUGAUUCUGAGGAUGAUGAUUAUGAUCCUAGUGCGUUAAUUACUGAACAGGUUCUUAAGGAAAGCUCAUGUUCUGAUUUCACAUCUGACUCUGAGGAUUUAACUGUUGUGUUGGAUGAUUGUAAGCAUUAUAGCAUAGUUGAAGGGCCACUGACCUCAACCCCAGAUCGCCCUAGGAACGAGGAAGGAUGUGGACAUUCUGGGCAAGGUGAUGCUGUCCCUCUAUAUCCGAAAAGACAAUUAGAGAGUUUGGACUACAAAAAACUACAUGAUGAGGAGUACGGGAACAGAUCUUCUGAUUCAAGUGAUGAAGAUUUCAUGGUUACUUCGUCACCAGAUAAAAAAACGUAUAAAUCUGAUAAAGAAGCUAGAGUGUUACUUAAUUUUGGAAGUCUUACAACGGAUCAUGGGAAAGUGCACGGUGAUUUGGAGCUAGACCAGAAAGUAAGUGAAUCCACUCAUAAGAGGAGAUAUGUCAAGAGAUCCAGUGUUGAAGGCACAAAUGCUUCACUUUCUAGAUCAUGUGAAAGCUCUGCAGCACCUGUUACUAGUGGUAAAAGUACUUCAAAGACAUUAUAUGGGGAACAUGCAACUGAGAGACUGCUCCAAUCUUUCAAGGAAAAUCAAUACCCUCAACGAGCUGUGAAAGAGAGUUUGGCUGCAGAAUUAGCCCUUACAGUCCGACAGGUUGGCAAAUGGUUUGAUAAUACUCGUUGGAGCUUUCGCAACUCAUCACGCGUUGCAUCGGUUGUAGCUGAAUCUCCCUCAAAUGAAGGUACUCCCCAUCAGAAAAGCAUUAACUUGUCCGGAUCCAGCUUGAAAUCGAUCCCAGACAAUGCUGCUUGUGAUGAAACUAAAGAGGAGCAAGAUAAGGGAAGCCUUGGUGUGACAGAAGGUUGCGACAGAGACGUAACACUAAACAUGGUCACAGAUGAAGGCAAUGGGCACAUUUCCGGUAUUACAGAAACUAGUAAUGGUAACACCAAAGUUGGUACAGCCACAGAACAUACUAUAAUAUUGGAGACGCCUAAACCGAAUAUGAAAGAUGAUUUACCGAAUACAGGAAUUGCGGAAUAUUAGCAGAAUCCAGUUAGAAAGUAUGGAAUCAUUCUCUUGAGUUUUUUUUUUUUUGUUCAAUCUUUGAUAGCCAUGUAGAAGCCUUAAAAAUCUGGAGCAAGAAAGACUACAAAGCAAAUUCCUAGGGCGCUGUAAGUAUGAAUUCCUAUGUCUGGAGUCACCUAUGGCAAACCCUGCAUUCUGCAAGAGUAGGAACAGAUUUGGUGUAAAACAAACUUUCUGACUUGCGUAAUAGGUUGUUGAAGAUUUCUUCAUUCAGGUUUGUCUCAUUUAACCCCAGCCAGGAUGCUCAAGAAGAGGUUAUAAACUAUUUCACAGAGUUUAGAGAUAAUAAUCAUCAAUCGUCAUUCAAAUGAAUGGUUAUACCUUGUGCAGAUAAUCAAAGAUUUGUCAUAAUAAUCUCUGUUGGAUGUAACGAUCAAGAAUUGCAUUUGCACUGAAAGGUUUUGGUCUGUUUUGGCCGCUUUUAUAAACUCCUCAAUACAACUUUGUAUCCAGAACCUGUCAAAUGCGUUGUUCAGAACUACUUGUCAGUUGUAACAAAUUCCAAUAGGUUAAACAUCUCUUAUACUUAAAGAGAAAAUUGAAUUAGUUGUGUCUUCUGUUGCAUUUUUCUGUAAGAUGUGGUGUGCAAUAUUAUCAGAACUUGUUAAUGUGUGUAAGCUUGUGAAGAAAGAUCAACUUGUCUAUUGACUGGGUAUAUAUGUUAUCAUUGAGUCUAGUAAUGUGCUUUGUAAUUGUAGCAACUAUUUUGUUUCGUUCUCUGUAUGAUGAUGUAUCAGACUGUAUGAUUGCAGAUUAUCAUUUAUAUAAAACAUAUCUUGAACGCA